AUUUAUCCAACAGAUACUAAAUUUUAAUGGACAGCCACUCUGAUAAACAAUUACAACUUCUUAUCACUAAACACGAUUGUUCGUAAUUAGAUAACACAAAACGACACAAAAAUGGACCAAACCACAGUUAGCUGUAUCUUCUGGGUCGCUCUAUCUCUAACAGUCACCCAAACAACCUCACAAGGUUGCAGCGUCGAUUUAUUUCAACGCCCGGACACAGGCCCACUAAUCCUCAAAGUACUAAAUAAUUCAUACUACUUUCCCGAACCAUCGCUAUCCGACAACCGAAGCGUCGACUUCGACUACGAAGAAGAAGCAAUAGUGGCGUGUCCUGGUGGUCAGUUCACCCAAUUAGGCUUCAACACGAACGGCCAACAUGGUAGUUGCAAAGGUGGUACCGGUUUCAUGGUUGCUGGUUAUUUGUACCUCUACCACCGCUUGAAUUGCACGCUACCCGACGUGAAAAGACCUGCACUAAGUGAGUCGUACGACAAUCCAAACCUUGACGACACUGACUUCAUACACCAAGCACCGUCAACGUACCACGUCUUCCAAAUCGAGCUUUCCCGUGUCGACGUUCAAUCGUUAUACAGGAGCGUCGACUCGAUUUUGGCAAGUCUAGACCUUGACGGGUACAUCAACGACACCCACUUUAUCAAAAUCGGGAAUUUAGCACCAUAUGAACACUUCUUCUAUAUUUUCCAGCGGGACGCGACGUACCACCUAGCGAACUCAGCCCCUCAAUGGAACACCUUCGACGAAGGCAACUGGAAGGUGGUAGAACAAGGGGUUUUAGACUUUUCUCAAGACGCUUUCGUCUAUGGAGACGCCACGGUACUAACUGGUACUUUGAAAGUGGCCACACUUGCUAAUUCCUCUGGUGUUCCCGUCGAAAUCUAUUUGUACUACGGUCGAGUACCUGUCCCCAGGUGGUUCUGGAAGCUAAUUUACUACGACGAUUUCAACGUCGGUGUGAUUUUUUUCGGCUUUAAUAAUCCGUACGCGUCUAAGAAUGAAGUGGAUACAGAAUUUUUGACAGAAGUUUGUUCCGUUGAUGUUUUUGAAAGCGCGGCGACAAGUUGGCAUUUGGAGGACGUCGACAAUACGGAUCCAGCUUUGGGGUACAUUUACGCGUGUCGGGUGAACCUGGACGAGAUUUUGGACCCUCUUGUCAACAGUAUUGUUAGUAAUGUCCUCCCGAUGGAGAUUAGGAGAGCAGAUAUUUUCUAGUCAAUAAA